AUGACACACACCAACAACGACAACAAACCCACUGACAACAACAAAACCAUCGACAACAACAAAACCAUCGACAACAACAAAACCACUGACAACAACAAAACCACUGACAACAACAAAACCACCAAAACAUACAAACCUCGCCAGUAUUAUCACAAUUCCUACCACUGCUACGAUGACCCCCAUUAUUACGACAACCCCUCCUAUUAUUAUGACACCUAUUAUCCCGACCCCUAUUAUCACAAAACAACACACGUCCAGGCCGUCAUGGAGAUGUACGAUGCCAGGGGAGCUUGGACAAAAGGACCUGUCGGUUAUAAUGUACCCAACAACGGGUCAUCAACCAUAAGGCAAGUCUUCAGGAUAUUAUUCCCGACAGAAAAUGAAGAAGAGGUUAGAUUAGUCAGGAUACGGGGGGGAACAGAUGCAUUAACAGUAGUGCUCCGGGAGGGUCUGGACACCUCGGCAACAACUCUAAGGCAUUAUCAAGCGCCGGUGGUGAUAUUCUUUAUAAUGAGAGAUGUAAAUAUCAUUCUAAUACAUUUUAAGUUAUUGUUUCUGUCCAUUAACUCAUUUAUAUUUUUACUUCUCUUUAAUAAUAGAGGCCCGCCCUCCAAUCAUAAUAUGUCGUCGCCGUGGUCCCCGUCUGUCCCCGCCUGUGGUCUCCUGCCGCUCAGUAAUAACAAUGUCGCGGUCCCCGCUUGUGGUCUCCCGUCGCCGCUCAAGAAUAACAAUGUCGCGGUCCCCGCUUGUGGUCUCCCGUCGCCGCUCAAGAAUAACAAUGUCGCGGUCCCGUCUGUCCCCGCUUGUGGUCUCCGUCGCCGCUCAAUAAUAACAAUGUCGCGGUCCCGUCUGUCCCCGCUUGUGGUCUCCGUCGCCGCUCAAUAA